AUGAGACCCAGUAUUCAGCCUAACUGUGUAAACGACAUGCAGCCUGACGUACAUCCCAAAUCCAUCACUAGAGCAAAUCCGACGACAGAACGGACGCAUCCUCGAUAUCUCCAAAUCUCCAAGCCCGGAUCGUCGCUGCUGUCGCUCAACUGGCCGCGGCCACCCCGCAAUCUGCUGCUGGUGCAGAAGCUCUACUCUCCCGAGGUGACCGAGUCUGUCGUCCAGUUUGCAAAGCACAUCCGAAGCGACUAUCCCGAAGUCAACAUUGUUAUCGAAGCCCGUGUCGCCGUUCCGAUCCAACAAGAGCUCGACUUCCCCAUCUUCGUCGUCGACAACGGUACCAGCAUUGCCGACAAAAUCGAUGCUAUUGCAACUUUCGGCGGCGAUGGCACCGUUUUGCGAGCCGCAAGCUUAUUCAAGCUCCACGGGUCCGUCCCUCCAAUCUUAUCCUUCAGCAUGGGGACAUUGGGAUUCCUCGGGGAAUGGAAUUUUGCAGAGCACAAGAAAGCGUGGAGGGAGAUGUACAUGAGCGGGAGCGACGUGAGUGCGGGGCGCAAUGCUGCCGUCCCGAGAGGAAAGGAUGAUGGCGUGGAUACAACCAGGACCUCUGGUGAAGGCUGGGACCGAGUCAGGGGCAAGAGUAUGGGAAUGAACAGAGCAUCCCGAGUCUUGCUGCGGCAUCGGAUCAAGGCCGACAUCUUCGACAGGGCUGGAAACAACAUCAACCAUCAAGUCUCCAACACAUUGGCGAGCCAGCCAAAGUCGGGGAUUGCCAGUCCAACGGAGGUAUCGCCACCUCUGCGUGCCAUUAACGAAAUCUCGGUCCACCGUGGCUCGCACCCUCACCUGGCCAUCAUUGACAUCUACCAAAACGGCCAUUUUCUGACAGAAACGACAGCCGACGGCAUCCUCAUCAGCACGCCAACAGGCUCAACAGCUUAUAGUCUAAGCGCUGGAGGACCUAUUGUGCAUCCAUUGGUAAAGUCGUUGCUCAUUACCCCCAUCAGUCCUUGCAGUCUCAGCUUCCGGUCCCUAGUUCUGCCGCUGGACACAAAGGUGACACUCCGGAUGAGCCCCAAGAACAGAGGCCGCGAGCUGGACCUCAGCAUCGAUGGCAGACGGUGUGCUGGCGUCUUGCCUGGGUCAGAGAUCCAUGUCGAAGGCGAAUUCGUCGGGCGAGCAGGGCCUGGCGAGGAGUGGCAUGGCGGAGUUCCGUGCGUGAUACGGACAGAGGAUGAUGAUCCAUGGGUUGGUGGACUCAAUGGACUUCUUAAGUUUAAUCACCCCUUUGGCAGAGAACCUCCCAACGAGGACUUUUCUGACUAG